UCAGCAUGGAGCGUUGGCAAGGCAAAGUUGCUAUGGUAACUGGUGCCAGCAGCGGCAUCGGUGCCGCUUGUGCUAAGGCAUUGGUCUGCGCUGGUUGUGUUGUUGUGGGGCUAGCUCGUCGCCAGGAACGGAUCGCGCAACUCCAACAAGAAUUGCCAACUCGAGUGCGCUCCAAUUUGCACUCCUACAAAUGUGACAUCACACGUGAGGAAAGUGUGCGGGAUGCGUUUAAAUGGACCGAACAGAGGCUUGGCGCCGGUGUUGAUAUACUGGUGAAUAAUGCCGGUAUUAUAGCGACUACAGAGCUAAGUGGGGCACAAAAUACGAACGAGAUACGCGCCACCAUCGAUACGAAUCUGUUGGGCACCAUUUUUUGUACACGCGAGGCUUUCAAUGCGAUGCGUGAACGCAAUAUUGAGGGUCAUGUAGUGAUUAUUAAUAGUGUAGCUGGAUUACAGGUACCUAAUUUGAGACCUGAUUUGCCAUCAUUGAAUGUAUAUCCGGCAACGAAGUUCGCUUUACGAGCGAUGAACGAAAUU